AUGUCUUCACCAAGUGAGCUGGUUUUCUUCAUCAAUGGGAGAAAGGUUGUUGAGAAGAACGCUGAUCCAGAGCAGAUGCUGCUCAGUUUUCUGAGGAGAAAAGUUGGUCUGACUGGUACUAAGUACGGCUGUGGAGGUGGAGGAUGUGGAUCCUGCACUGUCAUGGUGUCCAGAUACGACCGCAACCAGGAGAGAGUCGUACACUACACCGUCAACGCCUGCCUGCAGCCAGUCGUCGCCCUGCACGGAGCCGCUGUGGUGACGGUCGAAGGCGUCGGCAGCACCGACACCAAACUCCACCCCGUGCAGGAGCGAAUCGCGAAGGCUCAUGGAUCACAGUGCGGCUUCUGCACUCCGGGGAUGGUGAUGUCCAUGUACACUCUGCUGAGGAACAAACCGCAACCAAGCAUGGAGGACAUCAGGGAGGCUCUGGGAGGGAAUCUCUGUCGCUGCACAGGUUACAGGCCGAUAAUCGAUGGAUUUAAGACUUUCUGUGAGAUCUCUCAGGAGCUCUUUCCGAUGGAGGAUUUACUACCUCUGGAUCCUUCUCAGGAUCUCAUCUUCCCUCCAGAGCUGAUGAUGAUGGAGAAGAAACUGAGUGCAGCUCCUCUCUAUUUCCAAGGAGAAAGAGUCCGUUUGGUUGCUCCUUUUGAGCUGUCGCACCUCCUGGAGCUGAAGGCCGAUCAUCCUUCGGCGCCACUGAUCGUCGGCAACACAACCAUCGGUCCAAAGAUGCUUCUGAAAGGAGAGUUUCAUCCUCUGGUGAUCUACGCUGGAAGGAUUUCUGAGCUCGGAGCUGUGACGUGGGGGAAGAAUGGUCUGACAGUCGGAGCUGCCUGCAGCCUCAGUACGCUGAAGGAGGAGGUGGAGAAGGCCGUGGCGGAGAUGGAGGAGGCCAAGACCAGAGGUUACCGAGCACUGCUGCAGGUUCUUCAGUGUCUGGCAGGGAAGCAGAUACGCAACAUGGCGAGCAUCGGUGGGAAUCUCCUCAGUGCCAAUCCCAAAUACGACCUGAGCACUGUUUUAGCCGCUCUGGACUGCACUCUGCAUGUCAUUUCCAAAGAUAAGAUGAGGAGUCUUCCCUUGGAUGAAAAACUCUUUCCCGACUUCGGAAAAACGACACUCAGGCCUGAUGAAGUCCUGCUGGCCGUCGACAUCCCCUACACCAACUCGUGGGAGUUUGUGGCGGCGUAUCGACAGGCCCAGAGAAGGGAGUUCGCUUUCUCUUUCGUGAACGCCGGGAUGAAGGCGGUCAUCAGGGAGGGAACCGACACCGUGGAGUCCCUCAGCGUCUACUACGGCGGAGUCGGACCCGCUGUGGUGAAACCUAAACGAACCUGUCAGCAGCUUGUCGGCUGGUCUUGGAGGGAGGAUUUUCUCUCCGAAGCCUGCCGCCUCCUGAAUGAAGACAUCGACGUUUCCCCGGCGAUCCACGGAGGGAAGGCGGAGUACCGCAAGGCGCUCGCCGUCAGCUUCUUCUUCAAGUUCUACAUGCAAGUGGUCCUGGAGAUGAGAGAGAGGGGUGUUUCAAACGUGGCUCUUCCUCCGGAGUAUCUCAGCGCAUUGAAGCCGUUCAAGAACGAAGCGCCGCAGGGUCAACAGUCCUUCCAGCUUGUGUCGGAGGUCCAGCCCUGCGGUGACCCCGUGGGCCGUCCCAGCAUGCAUCAGUCGGCCCUCCAGCAGGCCACAGGCGAAGCAAAGUACUACGACGACCUGCCGCCGGUGCAAGGAGAACUCUUCGUCUUCAUGGUGACGAGUUCGAGAGCCCACGCCAGGAUCAUUAACAUCGACCCGUCGGAGGCCCUGAAUCAACCCGGCGUCGUCGCCUUUGUUUCAGCCGGAGACGUUCCAGGAGCGAACCGAAGGCUCUGGUUCAACAACCCCGAGGAGCUGUUCGCCGAGGAGGAGGUGCUUUGCGUCGGUCAGAUCGUCGGUGCUGUGGUGGCAGAGAGCAGAGAACAGGCCAGGAGGGCAGCCCAGAAGGUCCGGGUCACCUACCGGGACCUCCAGCCCGUCUUCUUCACGAUAGAGGACGCCAUAAAGCACGAGUCCUUCUUUGAACCCAAGAGGAAGGUGGAGAGAGGUGACGUGGACGAAGCCUUGAAGACGGCUGAACACAUUCUGGAGGAUCAGCUCUACAUGGGCGGCCAGGAGCACUUCUACCUGGAGACUCAAGGCGUGAUCGCUGCUCCCAAAGGAGAGCACCAAGAGAUGGAUUUGUUUGUCGCCUCCCAACACGCCGCCUUCACUCAGGAGGUGGUCGCCAUGGCGCUGGGAGUCGACUCCAACAAGAUCACCUGCCACGUGAAGAGGCUGGGCGGAGCGUUCGGAGGGAAAGUCAUGAAGAUCGCCUCCCUUUCUGCCAUCGCUGCAGUGGCAGCGCGAAAGACCGGGAGGGCUGUUCGCUGCUGUCUGGAGCGAGGCGACGACAUGCUGAUCACCAGCGGCAGACACCCGUUCCUCGGAAAGUACAAGGUAUGAUACGACGUCUGUGUUGCCUGACAGGACGCCUGUGAGAAGCUGAUGAGGCGUCUGCAGCCGCUGAUGGAGAAGAACCCAAAAAACAGCUGGAAGCAGACGAUUACUGAAGCUUACUUUCAGAAAAUCAGUUUAUCUGCAACUGGGUUCUUCAUGGGGCCACCCACCGACGUGGACUGGGAGAAGGGCCAGGGCCAGGCUUAUUACUACUUCACCUUCGGCGCCUGCUGCUCUGAAGUGGAGAUCGACUGCCUCACUGGGGACCACAAAAACAUCCGCACGGACAUCGUCAUGGACGUCGGGAAAAGCAUCAAUCCUGCUUUGGACGUUGGACAGGUGGAGGGCAGCUUUGUGCAGGGCGUCGGCCUCUACACCAUCGAGGAGCUGCAGUUCUCCGCCGACGGAGUCCUGAUGACCAGAGGACCGACUCAGUACAAGAUCCCGCCGCUCUGCGACGUCCCGGCCGAGCUCAACGUCCACCUGCUCGCUGACGCAGGAAACCCCAACGCCAUCUACCUGUCCAAGGGUAUCGGAGAGCCUCCGGUGUUCUUCGGCUGCACCAUUUUCUUCGCCAUCAAAGCGGCCAUCGCUGCAGCGCGCCAAGAAACAGGACUGAGCGACGUUUUCCCGCUGAGCUCGCCGGCCACGGCGGAGAAGAUCCGCAUGGCCUGUCAGGACCAGUUCACCAAAAUGGUACGAGCCAAGUGA